AAAAAUACAUUUGAAUUGAUACAGUUUAAAUUAAGGCACAGCAACCCCGAGGGUGCACUUCGUAUAUCAUUUAUUUACACAUAUUCGAAAUUAGUUGAGCAAAUACAUGGAACAGCUAUAACUUGGAUAUUUUUCGGUGAGGUCAGAUAAUCAACCAAAUAUACCUAGAAGAUUUAUUGCACAAAGAAGGCAAGAUGACAGAGGUUCAACCUCGAGAGAUCAAGAUUCUUGAGACAGCUGAAGACAUUCAGAGUCGUAGACAGGAAGUCCUUGGUCGAUAUGAACAGUUUAAAAGCCUCUGCUCAGAUAGGCGUCAGAAACUUGAAGAUUCAAGAAGGUACCAGUAUUUCAAAAGAGAUGCAGAUGAGCUCGAGAGUUGGAUUUAUGAGAAAUUGCAAACUGCCUCAGAUGAAAGUUAUAGAGAUCCCACAAACUUGCAGGCAAAGAUCCAGAAACACCAGGCUUUUGAGGCUGAAGUAGCUGCCCAUGCUAAUGCUAUAGUAGUCCUGGAUAAUACAGGAACAGACAUGAUCAACAAAGAACACUUUGCCUCAGAUAUUAUAACGGCUAGAUUGGAAGAACUUCACAGACUUUGGGAACUGUUGUUAUCAAAGCUGAAAGACAAAGGACUUCGAUUGAAACAAGCAUUAAGACUAGUACAGUUCCAGAGAGAAUGUGAUGAGGUUAUGUUCUGGAUCAGUGACAAGGAAGCUUUCGUAUCCUCGGAAGAGUUUGGACAAGAUUUGGAGCAUGUUGAGGUUUUACAGAAGAAAUUUGAUGAAUUUCAGAAGGAUUUACAUAACCAUGAAGAUAAAGUAACAGAAGUCAACAACUUGGCUGAGCAACUGGUGUCUGAUGGUCACCCAGAGGAAAACACCAUUAGGACAAGACAAGAGGAAGUCAAUGAAGCAUGGCGCAGAUUAAAGGAAAUGUCUCUCCUAAGACAAGAGAGGUUAUUUGGUGCCCAUGAGAUUCAGAGAUUUAACAGAGAUGCAGAUGAGACAAUAUCCUGGAUUAUGGAGAAAGAUGCCAUCCUAUCUUCUGAUGAUUACGGCAGAGAUCUUGCCAGUGUACAAGCCUUACAGAGAAAACAUGAUGGUGUGGAGAGAGACUUGGCUGCUUUAGAAGAAAAGAUACAAACCAUUGGAAAAGAAGCAGACAGACUGAUGGAUACUCAUAAAGACCAAGCAGAACAGAUUAGUUCUAAACAGACAGAAAUAGCAGACAACUGGGAAAAACUGAAGAAUAAGGGUGCUGAUAGAAAAACUAGACUGGAUGAUUCCUACUACCUUCACCGUUUCUUAGCUGACUUCCGAGAUCUGGUUUCCUGGAUACAUGAUAUGAAGGCCAUUAUAUCAGCUGAUGACCUGGCUAAAGACGUAGCUGGAGCAGAGUCCUUGGUAGAGAGAAAUCUUGAAUGCAAGGGAGAGAUUGAUGCUAGAGAGGACACUUUUCGAUCUACAGUUGAUGCUGGACAAAGAUUAGUUGAUGCUGACCAUUACGCUGCUGAUGAAGUUAGAGAAAAGUUGCAAGUACUGUCAUCAGAGAAGUCCAGUUUGUUGGAGCUAUGGGAAGAGAGAAGGAUAUUGUAUGAACAGUGUAUGGACUUACAGCUAUUCUACAGAGAUACAGAACAUGCUGAUUCUGUCAUGACCAAACAGGAGGCUUUCUUAGCUAACAGAGAUCUUGGAGAUUCAUUGGACAAUGUUGAGGCACUUAUCAAGAAACAUGAAGACUUUGAAAAGUCAUUGGCUGCACAAGAAGAAAAGAUUAAGUUAUUAGAUGACUUUGCCACCAAACUGAUACAGAAUGAACACUAUGCCCAUGAUGACAUAGCAAGCAGAAGAGAUCAGUUGCUUACAAGAAGAAAUAACCUGUACCAGUUGUCAACUGAACGGAGACAACUUCUGGAGGAGUCUUAUAAAUUACAGACUUUUGAAAGAGAUUGUGAUGAAACAAAAGGAUGGAUCAAUGAGAAACUUAAAACUGCAUCCGAUGAAAAUUACUUGGAUCCAACUAAUUUACAAACAAAAGUUCAGAAACAUCAGAACUUUGAAGCUGAAUUAGAGGCCAACAAGAAUCGUAUUGAAACCAUUGAACAAACAGGGGGCCAACUCAUCAUUGAGAAUCAUUAUGCCUCAGAAGAAAUUCGUGUCAAAGUUGACGAGAUUGUUGCACUUUGGAAAACAUUGUUAUCUCAAACAGAACUAAAAGGUAACAAACUGAAGGAAGCAAGCCAACAACAACAGUUUAACAGGAGUACAGAGGAUGUUGAGUCUUGGUUGUAUGAGAUUGAGGGACAACUGAAGUCAGAAGACUAUGGCAAGCAUAUUAAGACUAGACUUGAUUUGACCGGAGUACAGAAUGUCCAGAAGAAGCAUGCUUUACUAGAAGCCGAUGUAGCUGCUCAUCAGGAUCGUGUUGAUGGGAUAGUAAUUCAAGCUAACCAGUUUGUAGAAUCUGGACAUUUUGAUGCUGACAAUAUCAGAAAAAAACAAGAGGACGUUGUCCAAAGAUAUGAUGGCCUUAUGGCUCCUAUGUCAGACAGGAAGAACCGAUUGGAAGAGGCCCUGAAAUUACAACAAUUCUUGAGAGAUGUUGAAGAUGAGGAAGAUUGGAUUAGGGAGAAAGAACCCAUUGCUUCAUCUACAAAUAGAGGACGAGACUUGAUUGGAGUACAGAACUUGAUAAAGAAACACCAAGCCUUGCAAGCUGAAUUAGCAGGUCAUGAGCCACGUAUAAAUAAUGUAUGUAAAGAAGGAGAAACCAUGAUCAAGGAUGAUCAUUUUGCUUCAGCUGAUAUCAAUUCCAAGAUAGAAGAUUUGCACGCCAGAUGGCAUGCAUUGAAAGAAAAGGCAUCCCAGAGGAAACAAGAUUUAGAGGAUUCUCUACAGGCACAGCAGUACUUUGCUGAUGCUAACGAAGCUGAAUCUUGGAUGAAAGAAAAAGAACCAAUAGCUGCAAAUACUGACUAUGGUAAAGAUGAGGAUUCUGCAGAGGCCCUGCUUAAGAAACAUGAAGCAUUCUUCUCCGAUUUGGACGCUUAUGGAUCAGUUGUAGAAGGACUUCAUGAUCAGGCACAAGGUUGCAAGAGCAAAGAAUUAGAUGGGCAACAAGAGGCUCCAGUUAUAGAUGACUUUGCCACAGAAAAGGUAAUGGCCAUUUAUGAUUACAAAGAAACCUCACCACGAGAAGUAUCCAUGAAGAAAGGAGAUGUUUUGACUCUUCUUAACAGUGCUAAUAAGGACUGGUGGAAAGUUGAAGUUAAUGAUAGACAAGGAUUUGUUCCUGCAGCCUACUGUAAAAAACUGGAUCCCAGUCUGUCAGCUAGCCGUAACAAUCUGAUGGAUGAGUUCACUAUCUCUGUCAGACAGAACCAGAUAGAAACACAAUAUGCUAAUUUGCUUGACCUUGGAAACCAGAGACGUGAGAAACUUCAGGAGUCGUGCAAGGCCUAUCAGCUGGUCCGUGAAGCUGCUGAGUUAGCUAACUGGAUUACAGAAAAAGAAGGCAUAAUGAUUGGUGAAGAUGUUGGGGAAGAUCUGGAACAAGUAGAAGAAUAUCAAAAGAAAUUUGAUGAUUUCAGAAAGGAUUUGAAAUCUAAUGAAGCUAGGCUACAGGAAUUGAAUACCAUUGCUGAUAAAUUGACCAUACUAGGAAGAACUGAAGCAGCAGAGAAAAUCAGAGAUCAAAUUGCUGUUUUGAACACCAGAUGGGCCAAUUUACAGACUGUAACAGCAGAAAGAGCUCAGUCUCUUGGUAGUGCACAAGAAGUCCAAAGAUUCCAUAGAGAUGUUGAUGAGACCAAAGAUUGGAUUGAUGAGAAAGAUUUUGCUCUAAACAAUGACAAUUUUGGACAUGAUUUGGCCAGUGUUCAAGCUCUUCAACGUAAACAUGACGCUUUAGAGCGAGAUUUAUCUGCCCUUGGUGAAAAGGUUAGAGAUUUAGAUGAAUCUGCUAAGCGUUUGAUGCAGACCCAUCCAGAACAAGCUGAACAGAUAUAUGAACAUCAGAGACAGAUUAAUGAACAGUGGAAUACAUUGACUGCUAGAGCUGAUCAACGUAAAGCUAAGCUUCUGGACAGCUAUGAUCUUCAAAGAUUCCUUAGUGAUUACAGAGAUUUAACAUCGUGGAUCAACAGCAUGAUGACACUGGUAUCAUCAGAUGAGUUAGCCAAGGAUGUCACAGGAGCUGAAGCUCUGUUAGAAAGACACCAGGCAGUGCCAGCAAUAACAAAUGAACAACCUACAACAUACCCUGUCGUAUUGCAGAUGUUUAGCUCUGAGAUUGUCAGCCAUUACGGGAUCACCAAUCUCCCUGGAGAGGAUGAUCUUGAGGAGGAACAUCGUACAGAGAUAGAUGCUAGAUCUGGCACUUUCCAAGCCUUUGAAGUAUUUGGACAACAACUACUUCACAAUGAGCAUUAUGCUAGUGAUGAUGUUAAAACCAAACUAGAUGAGCUAGCUAAUGCUAGAGAAGAGCUAGAAAAAGCAUGGAUUGCAAGAAGGAUGAAGUUGGACCAGUGUUUGGAACUACAGUUAUUCUACCGAGAUUGUGAACAAGCCGAAUCGUGGAUGGAAUCCCGUGAAGCUUUCUUGUCAGGAGACCAAGUGGAUGGUGAUAAUGUGGAAUCUCUCAUUAAGAAACACGAAGAUUUCGACAGAGCCAUUAGUAGCCAGCAAGAGAAGAUACAAGCUUUACAGUUGUUUGCUGAUCAGUUGAUAGGAGGAGAACAUUACGACAGUGGUGCUAUCACAGACAAGAGGGAUCAGGUCUUAGAUAGAUGGAGCCAGUUGAAGGAUGCUCUGAUAGAUAACAGGUCUAAGUUAGGUGAGGCUCAAACCCUCCAGCAAUUUUCAAGAGAUGCUGAUGAAAUGGAAAAUUGGCUCCAAGAAAAAUUACAGAUUGCUUCCGAUGAAUCUUACAAAGAUCCUAGUAAUAUUCAGAGUAAACAUCAGAAACAUCAAGCUUUUGAGGCAGAACUAGCAGCUAAUGCAGACAGACUCCAAUCUCUUCUUGGAGUUGGACAAGCCUUGAUUGAUCAGAAACAAUGUGCUGGAUCAGAAGAUGCCGUCCAAGCUAGACUUGAAAGUUUGGCUUCCCAAUGGGAAACUCUUGUUGGUAAAUCUGCUGAGAAGAGUGACAAAUUGAAGGAAGCAAGCAGACAACAGACAUACAAUGCUGGAGUCAAAGACAUGGAAUUCUGGCUUGGAGAGGUAGAACAGAUGUUAGCAUCAGAAGAGUAUGGUAAAGACUUAGCUUCCGUACAGAACCUAUUGAAGAAACAUCAAUUACUGGAGGCUGAUGUAGCUGCUCAUGAGGAUAGAAUAAAAGAUUUGAACAGUCAGGCUGAUCAGUUUAUAGAAGGAGGUGUAUGGGAUGCUGAAAGUCUGGAAGUUAGGAAGAGAACUAUCAAUGAAAGAUAUGACAAGAUUAAAGAACUCUCAAUUAUCAGACGUAAUAGACUGAAUGAAGCUAAUACCAUGCAACAGUUCCUGAGAGACAUAGAUGACGAAGAGGCUUGGAUCAAAGAAAAGAAACUAUUGGUUGGAUCAGAUGAUUAUGGUCGUGACCUGACAAGUGUUCAGAAUCUAAGAAAGAAACAUAAGCGUCUGGAGGCUGAGUUGGUAACCCAUGAACCAGCUAUACAGGCUGUUCAAGAGACAGGAGCCAAGUUGAUUGAGGAAUCUGACAUCAACACUGCUGACAUUAAAGAAAGAUUGGAGCAGUUAGAUAGAAGUUGGGAAGAACUAAAACAGAUGGCUAAUAACAGAGGUAAGAAACUAGACGAGUCGUAUACCUUCCAACAGUUCAGUGCUAAUGUAGAGGAAGAGGAAGCUUGGAUCACAGAGAAGCAGCAUCUAUUGACCGGUGGAGACUAUGGGGAGACCAUGGCUGCUGUACAGGGAUUACUGAAGAAACAUGAAGUGUUCGAAACAGACUUCCAGAUCCACAGAGACAGAUGUGGGGAGAUCAAAAAUGAGGGAGAUAAACUCAUGUCAGAGGGUAACCACAAUGCUGACGGAAUUGCUCAGAGGAUUGCAGGUCUUCAGGAGAAAUUGAACUCCCUGUCUGAUGCUGCUAACCGUCGUAAAGCAGGACUUAUUGAUAACUCAGCUUUCCUUCAGUUUAUCUGGAAAACUGAUGUAGUAGAGAGCUGGAUAGCUGAUAAGGAAACACAAGUACGAUCUGAUGAUUAUGGAAGAGAUCUGUCUUCUGUGCAGACCCUUCUCACCAAACAAGAAACUUUCGAUGCUGGAUUACAAGCUUUUGAGAAGGAAGGUAUACAGACUAUUACAGCUCUGAAGGACCAACUGGUAGCAUCUAACCAUGCCCAGACUCCAGCCAUAGAGAAACGCUACAAUGAUGUCAUGGACAGGUGGCAGAAGCUUUUGGGUGAUUCUGAUAGCCGUAAACAGAGGCUUUUACGUUUACAAGAUCAGUAUCGUCAAAUCGAGGAUCUGUACCUCACUUUCGCCAAGAAAGCUUCUGCAUUUAACAGCUGGUUUGAGAAUGCUGAAGAAGAUUUAACAGAUUCUGUUAGAUGUAAUUCUGUUGAAGAAAUUAAGGCCUUGAUAGAAGCUCAUGAUGGGUUUAAAGCCUCUUUGAGUGCUGCCCAGGAAGAUUUUAACCAGCUUGCUGCCCUAGACAAACAGAUUAAAUCAUUUGAUGUAGGAGCCAAUCCAUACACAUGGUUCACAAUGGAUACCUUGGAAGAUACAUGGAGGAAUCUACAAAAGAUCAUUAAGGAAAGAGAUGUAGAUUUAGAGGAUGAACACAAGAGACAAUUGGAGAACGAUCAGUUGAGGAAACAGUUUGCCCAGGCUGCCAACGCCUUCCAUUCAUGGCUUACUGCAACAAGAAUGUGGCUCCUGGAAGGAUCUGCAAUGAUGGAAGGAUCAGGAACACUUGAGGAUCAAUUGGAGGCAACAAAACAAAAAUCUAAUGAGGUUAGGGCACAGAAGGGCCAGUUAAAACGUAUAGAAGAUCUAGGUGCUGCUAUGGAAGAGAGGCUGAUCCUUGACAACAGAUAUACAGAACACAGUACUGUAGGUCUAGCACAACAAUGGGAUCAGUUAGACCAACUUGGUAUGAGAAUGCAACAUAACUUGGAACAACAGAUACAAGCAAGAAACCGAAGUGGUGUAUCAGAAGAUGCUCUGAGAGAAUUCAGCAUGAUGUUCAAGCACUUUGACAAAGAUAAGUCUGGUAAAUUAGACCACCAAGAAUUUAAAUCCUGUCUCCGAGCCCUGGGAUAUGAUCUUCCUGUAGUGGACGAGGGUCAAGUUGAUCCAGAAUUCCAGGCCAUAUUAGAUAUGGUAGAUCCUAACAGAGAUGGCCAGGUAUCAUUACAAGAGUAUAUGGCAUUUAUGAUAAGUAGAGAAACAGAAAAUGUACAGUCUAGUUCUGAAGUUGUGGAAGCCUUCAAAGCCCUCACUUCAGGAGAUAAACCGUUUAUUACAGCACAAGAGCUGUAUGCAAAUCUUACAAAAGAUCAAGCAGAUUAUUGUAUACAGCGGAUGAAACCUUUUGUGGACAAGACGGGACGAACAAUACCAGAUGCCUAUGAUUAUACCGAUUUCACGGAAUCUAUGUUUAUAAACUAACCAUAAUAGACAGACUUUAUCUUGUGCAAUUUUUACUACAAUAUAUUCAGUUUAUGUCGUUUUACAAACAAUUUUAUUACGCUUUAUCAAUCAUGACUAGGGUUGUGGGAACAGGUUGUCUACAAAAAUUACAAAUCGGCUAAAAGGAAAAUUAAAAAUGACUUUAAUGAUUAAAUUUUGUAUGCUGAUACUUUUUAAAUUGCAGGGUAAAAUGCUUUUAAAAUUUGACAAUUCUUAUGCUUAAAAGUGCUUGGAUCUCUUAUAUAGGAAUGCAUCAAUUGAUAUCUAGAAAAAAUAGAGAGCUUGUACUCAUGAUAAAUAUUGUAUUGUUUUUAUUGGAAUCAAAAUAUAAGUAGCAGGAAUUCAAUGUUGUAAUGUUUUCAGACCAUAUAUUUAUUAAACAUAUAUAUAUCAUGAAAUUUUAUUUAAACUGAAUCUCGUAAACACUUCCAAUUUUUUUGCAUACACAAGACUGCAGAACUAUUUUUAACAUUAUAAGCUUAUUAAGUUAUGUUUAAGUUAUUAGCUAGAGAAAUGGAUUAAACAUAAUCAUAUUUGA